CGGUCUAAAUAGUUUAGGAAUUGACACUUCUGAAAAGAAAGAAGCCUUUGUUCAUCUCAAUCACCAACUUUAUCAAGAAAAACAAUGCUUUGGUCUAUCAGUCAAAGAAAAAGAGAAUAUUCUCCAAGUUAGUGAAGAACAGAAAAACCAUCUGCUAAGUUUUGGUUUAAGUAAACUAGAUCUAACCGAGGAACAGCAAACUGAACUAACUAAAUUACACCCGGAUAGAUUUCCGACUUUUGCUUUCACCGAAACCCAAAAAAAUAUUCUGCACAGUUUAGCCCCUUUAACCCGGGAGGAAAAGUAUAGUCAAGAUAGUUUAGAUCUCUUAAAUUCUUUAGCCUUAAAACCUAAGCACUUAACUUUCUUUACUAAUGAGGAAGUUUUACCUAAUCCUAAUUUAGAAUUUGGGGAACAGGAAUUACAAUUAACUGCCGAAGAAGUCUUAAACCAAGGCAAUUUAGAUUAUUUAAGAGAGCAGUUUGCUAAUUCUCAACCAAAAAAUCAACCAAACGAGAAUAAAACUGCUACUCGUUAUGAUAAUUUAUUUGCUAAUUUAAGUAAAGAAGAUCAAGAAAGGGAAAAGAAAAAGCAGGAAAGACAAGCAGCCAAAAAUAAAUUUGAAGAAGCGGAGCGACAAAGAAGAGAACAAAAAUUGUUAGAAAAAGAUAAGAAAUUAAAAGAGGAUGAAGAAAAACGACAAAAAGAAAAAGAACUUGCUGAAUUAGAAGAACAAAAACGAAGAGCAGCCGAGGAAGCCAGGCAAAAAGCCUUACAAGAAGAACAGGAAAGAAUUUUCUCUACGAAGAUGAAAAAUAUUGAAGAAGCUAAAAAAAGAGCCGAAGAGGCUUUGGAAAAUCAGAAAAAAGCCAAUGAGUUAGCCGAAAAAAAGAAGAAAGAUGAAAUUGAGAAAUUACAAAAAGAAAAUGAGUUAGAGCAAGAAAGACUUGCUAAUCAGGCUAAACUUAUUGAAGAAGAAAAGCAAAAGAAGUUAGCAGCUAUUGCCUUAGAGGAUACCGAACAACGACAGAGAAUUGAAAGGGAAGCCAAUGCUGAGAAAGCAAGAAUUUUACAAGAAGCCAAUGAUAAAAAGC